CAAGUACCAAAGACACUUCAAUAAUAAUAAUAAUUAUUAUUUUUGAGUUCAAAUAAUCAAUAGAUUAAAGUUAAAGCAUAAAAAUAAAAAUGAAGUUUGUAGUAAUUGGAUUGUUUGUCGCAUUGGUUUACGUUGAGGCUCAACCAUUUGUUCCAAGACCAGAAAGUGGACUUCCGAGGCCAAGAGGUGGAUAUCCUAGACCGCCAAUCGAUUUGCCAUCGCCAUAUAAUCCUUCUCCUGCUCCCAGAUGGCCAUCUAACUCCAGAGUCCGUCGCUCACCCGAAAGAUCAGUUGACGAGUCGGUGCUCAAACCUGAACAUGGUCUGCCGCAAUUAAACUUGGACUACAAUCACAAAAUUUUUUCUGAUGAUUAUUCGAAACUCAGCGCCCUCGAAGGAGUUUCUUUCCCUGAUUUCAAACAGUCAUCUGGUGACCGGAUGGAUCCCAAUUUUGGGGUCGGUUCCGAAAUGAAGUUUGAUCGCGAACCUCAACGAUCAUUGGAUCUGUCAGUUAUUAAACCUGAACGGGGACCAGCGAUCAGUAGUUUGGAUUACAGUCAGAAAAUUUAUUCCGAUGACACAUCAAAUCUCAGUGCCCAUGUGGGAGUUUCGACUCCCGAUUUCGAUCAUUUCACUUCCCGCGCAGGAGUUAAUUACGAAUACACUCCUAACGAGAAUACAAAUUUUAGAGCGGGAACUGAAAUCACGCGAUAUCCCGGUGGCCAGAUGGUACCCAGCUUUGGAGUCGGAUUCGGAAUGAAAUGGCGACGUGACAUCAACCAACAACUUAAAGAGUAA